AUGGUCAACAAGUCCGCAAGAACCCUUCGACGCAUGUCAUCACGUCUUCGGCGAUUCUCGUCGUCGUCGUCAUCUCCAGGGACGGCACUUCCCAAAAGUGAGAAUUCCACUACGAGAGGCAUUCCAGCCAGUCAUCCAGGUGUGGGUUCCUUUGUCAGUCGUUCGGAAUAUCUCAAACGGAAGGGAUCAACGCAACAACAAGCCAGUGGAAAUCAGUUAUUUAUUCGGGCUGGACUGCCCUUUGUCCUCUUCACUGUGGGAGCUUUGUGGGUCGUCUCUAGUGCCAUUGAUGGCAAGCUCAAGGAACGAGCCGCGUCCAGAAGAGAGGUUAGUUUAUCGGAGCGCCAAGCACUCAUGGAAGAAGAACACGAUGACAUGAUGCAGAGGUUAAACAAGGCAGCCAAGACAGACUUUGACAAUACAAAACGAAUUGAAAGACCAGAAGAUAUUCUGGCAAGGCGCAAGGCGGAACGUGAAAAAAGAAAUGCUUGGCACAGACGUCUUUGGAGAUGGGUCAAACAAGAGGAAUGA